GGCAGGCGGGAACGAGGUGUCCGCCAUUACUGCCCGCAUCCCCGCGCCCUCCCCGCUGCCUCCUUAAGGACGCCGGGGCCCCGCAAGUUCCGCGGGUUGUCCAGAAGUUGUUGCCUACGGCAGUUCGCGGUGGGCGGAGCGGGGCGCUGUCCGGAAAUUAGAAUUCCCGGGAGCAUCGGUGGGCGGAACGCAGGGAGGGAGCCGCGGGACGGGGGGAGCUGAAUGGGGGCGUACCGAGGCACUGAGGGGGAGUGCUUUGAGCGACGGACCGUGGCCCCGGAUGAUGGCGGCGGUGCCGAAGGUGCUGUGCUUGGAGAAGGGAGUGUUGCUCAGGCAGGUGUUGGCCCUCAGCAGAGCAGCAACAGCCAGAGAAAACCGUCUGUGUGCUGCAGGUGAUGCACUCCUGGGUUGCCACAGAUCCUACAGGUCCCGACCUACCCAUGGAAUUGGGAAGUUUAAAUACCUGCUCCCAAAGGAGGUUCCAAAGAGGAAAAAGGAAAAAGUGCAGAUGAAAGAGAUCAGUGCUGGCACUGAGUACCAGUAUGGAGACAUCAACAUCCAGAUGACUUCCUAUGAUUUGUGCCUGGUGGAGCAUUUUGCUCAGUACGUCCACAGACUCUGCAACCGUCUCUCCAUCCAGGUCAAUGAGAGCUAUGCCAUGCCCACCAGGACCAACGAGGUGCUGUUCCUGGAAGAGAAGGGAUCCAAAAUGCAGCUGGAUGCAGUCCUUACCACCCACCAGAGGGUUGUGCAGAUCCGUGGUUUGAGCUCGACAUUUGCUCCCAUACUGCUGGAAAUCAUUCAGAGUAGCCAGCCUGAGGGGGUGCAUCUGUUGAUGAAACAGCACACAGAAGCUGAUUUCAAGAGCCGACUGAAGUCUCGACCAGAGCUGGAAGAGCUGCUGGCAGAAAUGUCAUGAGGUGAGGAACAACAUGCCAUGCAUGGGCUGUUCCAGCCUCCAGAGGGUGCUUCCAUGAGCUCUGUACUGAUAACUUUGUGAAUUGGAAGGAAGUCCCACUAUUGGCAACCAGCUUGUCUCAAUAAAAAUAAGUAAGGUGUUUA